AUGACAAAUAAUUACCAACAACAAAAUGAUCAAGCAUUUAAUCCAAAUUAUGUACCAAACAGUUUAGAUAACAGGACACAGCAUAAUCCGGAUUAUAAUAACAAUCACCCUAAUGAUAAUCGAAUGUCUUACCAAAAUUCAAAUAACCAGAUGCAACAACCUUUUGAAUAUAAUGAUCAAGCAUUAAAUCCAAACAAAGCACCAUAUGGUUUUUAUCCAGAAAACAGGACACCGUAUAAUCCGGGUUAUAAUAACAAUCAGCAUUAUGAUAAUCAAAUGUCUUACCAAAAUCCAUAUAAUCAGAUGCAACAACCUCUUGAAUAUAAUAAUGCUGGAUUUUCUCAAAAUGAUCCAUCUUGUAAAGAAAAAGAUGAAAAAUCAACUUCAUCUUUCUGGGGUACUAUUUUUAGUACAAAAUUUUUAAUAUUUUCAUUAAUUGUUUUAAUAAUUAUAAUAAAUAAACUCGAACUAUCUAAUGAUAAUUAUGAGAUUAAAAAUUCUGAAGAUGGUUUAUUUAUGUUAGUGUUUAUUUUAAUAGUACUAAUAAUUCUAAUUUUAUUCAUAAAAUUAAUUAUAUAUUUAAUCUGUUAA